AAACUACAGCUACCCGGAAUCUGUGUUGCAUCCUUUCAAAGUGGAGUUGGAUUUGUUUUGGUUUAUGCAGAGUGGGCUUUUUCGUACAGAGCGAAGGUUCAUCACGAUCAAUUAUUACGGAGCCCUAACUCCUCCUCCGAGAGUUCGGUUUCGUAACGCCUAAAACGGACGGCCGUCUCUUGACUCAUACGAUACAACCCCCCCCCAGAUUCCGUUUUCUGGUUAGCCAUUAAGCUAACGACUGCGGACUCACCCAUGUCCUCAGAAGAGUUGAGCUCAUCGAUCACAGAUUGGUUCUUUUUCAAUUCCUGGUGGCUCCUUCUGCCAUUCGUGAUGCUUCUUGUCAUCGCUGCCUUCAUCGUUGCCUUUGUGUUGCUCCUGUACAUGAUAUCGCCUCUUAUUAGCCCCAAACCUUUUAAACUCAACGGGGCCCAUGUCGUGGUAACUGGAGGAUCGAGUGGGAUUGGGAAGUCCAUCGCUAUGGAAUGCUACAGGCAGGGAGCCUUCAUCACAUUGGUGGCCCGAGACGAGACUAAACUGGUUCUGGCGAAGAAAGAGGUGGAGAAAUGUGCUAUCAAUGACAAACAGGUGGUGCUCUGCAUAUCAGUGGACGUCUCCAGUGAUUAUGGUCAAGUGGAGAGUGUGAUAAAACAGGCCCAAGAAAAGCUAGGCCCUGUGGAUAUGCUGGUGAACUGUGCCGGAACAUCCAUAGCGGGAAAGUUUGAGGAGGUGGAUAUGGAUCGCUUCAAAAAGAUGAUGGAGGUCAACUUUCUGGGCAGCGUGUAUCCCACCCGGGCGGUCAUCACCACCAUGAAGGAGCGUCGGAUGGGACGCAUCAUGUUUGUCUCCUCUCAGGCCGGACAGAUCGGCCUGUUUGGCUACACUGCCUACUCCCCGUCUAAAUUCGCCCUCCGCGGUCUGGCAGAGUCCCUGCAGAUGGAGAUGAAGCCUUACAACAUCUACGUGACCGUGGCCUACCCCCCAGACACGGACACACCAGGAUUCGUCGAGGAGAAUAAAACAAAGCCUUUGGAGACCAGGCUGAUCUCGGAGACGGCCGCUGUUUGUCAGCCGGACCAAGUGGCCAAGAUCUUCGUGAAGGACACCGUGCAGGGGAACUUCAACAGCUCCGUGGGCCCAGACGGAUACAUGCUCUCGGCCCUGACCUGCGGGAUGUCCCCCGUCACCUCCAUCACAGAGGGCCUCCAGCAGAUCGUGACCAUGGGGCUGUUCCGGACCAUCGCGCUCUUCUACCUGUGCAGCUUCGAUAGCAUCGUGCGCCGCUGCAUGAUCCAGCGGGAGCAGGCCAAGGCGGCCGACAAGAGGGAGUAAGGAGCUGGCAACGUGGGCAAAACCAACCAUGCAUUUCAUAUUGUCGUCGACGUAACCAGAGCUUAUCUACCUUACUGGACAUCCACACUAUUUCUGACCAGGCACAGCUAAAGUCCUCCACCCGCCUGACACUAUCCUCAUCGCCUGUCCCUAUCCUCAACUCUAUACUCAGCCCACUCACCCCUAUUCUCACCCCCUGCCCCCCCCCCCCCUUGCCCAUAUCCUCCCCCACACCCUCACCCCCCCAGCCCAGCUUCCUUCCAUUGCCAUCCUUCCUCCACACGAAAAAGGAUUGCACAGCGCAGUCCCGAGUGUGAAGAGAAGUGAGAGAUCAGCUGAUCAGAUGGGACAACACGAUGACUCAUGUGUUCCAUCUGUAAGCCCGCCAUUGUAUUAUUUACUAUACUGUAGACUUAAAUCCUCUCCAAAGCAUUCCAGUGACUUUUCGGUUCAAUGUGAGUGCAAAUGCUUCUGUGGUGUUGGAGCAGCCUUAUUGAAGUGGGUGGUGGUGGUGGUGGUGGUGGUGGUGGUGAAGGCAGGCCCACACACACUCUCCACCUCGUGUUAAGUAGGCCUUGUCAGCGACUGACACUCUGGGUGUGAAAUCCCUUCAUACAAGGGAGCAAGUGGAACUCAGAAGGGCCACUCUUGUUUGUUCCACUCUUACUACUGUACACGUUGCUUUCCUCUACUGGAUAAUCAUCGCUCAAUGACCAUUGACUUGUCCUGUAACAUGAAGUCUUUGCAGGUCAAAGCUCCUCCUGUGUGCACUGUUGUAAGAUUUGUGUUUGAUUGACUAUCAGUAAUCCCAAACCUGGGAUAUACGGUCUAAAAUACUGCGUUAACUUAAUAAUAAGUGUGUGAUAGAAUAGCGUUCAUUGGAGAUCAAUAUAAAAUGACGCCAGCUUUGGACCGCUAACACAAAGCCGUAACUUUCUUCUGGAAAUGGGUAACUGCUGUUUUUUGAUGUUCAGGUGAAAACAUGUGGAUGUGUUUGUGCGCUGGUUCCUCAUGGAGGGAAUAUCCAACAUGGCAUUUGAGUAAAUUCAGACUAAGAAACUUUUAACCUAAACCCAAAUCGUUUUUUUUUAUUUCAAAGAAAAGCUAUGUGUGGAAGCAUAAGGUUAUGAAGGUGCUGAGUUGAUGGUUCACAAUACAGCGAAAUUCAGGCACGAAAUGUACGUUCAAGUCUCGUUUCCUUUCACUGCGCUAAAUGAGAUGUAUGAGAUUAGUCGUAUCCGCUGUACGUGUGAACAUAUGUAAUCCCAUCUAGGAUAUCUUGGGAUCAAAGUAAUACUUUGAUGGGGGUCCGUAUGUCAGGCCAAGCUUAAAUGGGACGGGUCUUGCUGGAUCGAGCACUGUCCCCUUUAGUCCUAUAGAGGGAACCAGAGUAUAGUUUUAUGGAAAUGCAAAUCUGGCGUCUGGCGGUUUUUUUUUCCUCCUUUUUUUAACAAGGGAGAUACCCUUGUUCUGACGAUUCCUUACGACUGUCAGUAAACUUUUGAUGUCUUUCAAGCCUUUAAAAAAAAAAAUGUAUUUGAUGUGGGGGGCGCGGGAAGGGUAUAUACGUCUUCCUUUUAUCCAUGAAGAGACUACUUUACAAACUAAACAUACAAAAAAGAUAGUUCAAAUAUUUUUUCAACAACACUCCUAAUAUUCAAAUGACGAAACGUGUCAAGGUAAUUUCUGGGGACACUGCGAUUAUUUGCCUUUCAUUGUUUUCGACGUAUCUGCGCCGCCUGCAAUCUUAUCUAGAAGUUUAGUUUGCUAAUGCAGUGGGGAGCUAUUGUUGUCAGGAUCCAGUCAGAUACCAGGUGUGUGUUUAUCAGGCAAGUCUUAGUUGAAGGCAAGAAGCUGACUGCAGAAUACCUUGGUCUAACUCACCUGUCCUUUGGACCAGUUUAUCACACUUUUGUGUAAUACAUUUCCCAGCAUUUGACAGUAGUGCUGGAUGGAUUACAAUGCAUCUAGAUUAAAGCCUUAGGGUAAGCCAAGAUAAGAAAGUGAGAAUGCAUGACUCAUAUGAUGAUGAACUUCUCAUUGGACGUUGCUUCACUGUUCGUGCAAGCCUGUACUGAAACGCUUUUCAUUCACGUUCAGGGUUUGCUUUCAGGGGGAUCCCUCUUCUGAUCUACAUGUAGCAUCUUCUUUGUAGAACAUGUAGCUAAUGGAAACCUGUCGUUUUAACACGUUCAAGCUAUGCAAAUCUGCCCUGUACACACACAUGUUGAAACGAGGUGAUGUAUGUGCUUAUUACAUUUUUGUUCGCUGCUUAUGCUGUUGUCCCUCGUAUGUAACAGAGUCUUCGAUGACUUGCUUUGGAUUGGGAUUAUUUAAGAGUUUACACGUAUUGCAUCUGAAAGUCUUAAUGCGCUUUGUGUCUUGAGUUAAUUUAUGUUCUGGGCUUUCAUUCCUUUUGCCUUGUCACGAUUGUUUUUGAUUUUCACCUUGUGUGCCAUCGAAAGAAAAUGUGAGCAGUCGAAUGAAUCUGUCUUAUUUUCGUACAUGGUCAAAUGAAUAAAUAACUGUUUGAAAAAAUAA